UCAGUCCAGAGCACCAAGUGUAAUUUCUUUCUGCUGCCUCAUUCCUCUGCUAUCUGCAUGAGUCACUUCUGACAAGUUUUGCUGACACCAAGAGAAAAAUGGUGACGGGGAGGGACCUCCAGCUGAUUGACAGUCUCAGCUCUGUUCCUGUGUGCUGUGUGGAGGGGGGUGGGUUCUCUCCCCUCCAAUUAGCUCUUGGAACUCCCCUCAAUGACCUCUGCAGAACAAAAAUAAUAAAUGCACAUUUUUUUACCUGUAAAAAAAUGUGCAUUUAUUAUUUUUGUCAAAAAAGUGAACUUACCCUGCAGAUAAACAGCUACAACUUAUGUAGGAGGAUUUGUUUA